AUGGCUUCCGUCACCCGCUCGACCCGGCGACCUGAAGGCUUCCCACCUCACAUCAAUGGGCUCGCCCCCAUGGCACGCGCGACGCCGACCCUCUUCCACCACCCGCCAUCGCAGCAACAGCCGCAAGCACGUCGCACGAAACGCGGCAUCGAGGCCACCGCCGGGCACGAAUUUUCCGCGACGAGCAACACGAAGAAGACGAGGAUCGCCGUCGAGAUCCGAGCUCGACCCGUCGCCGCCGUCGUCGCCGCACCACAGCAGAAGGUGCAGGCCCCCCUCCCAACACCACCCCAGCAGCCUCCUCCCGCAGUAGCGGUAGCGGCUGCCCCUACUGCUGCGCCGGGCAACAAGCUCGGCCUGCCGCACGCCGAAGCAGAUCCCAACGUGCCAAAGCACAAGGCAAAAGCCAUCAAUGGCAUCAAGCACGAGCUGGAUAGGCUCCAGCCCGACAUGGCUGGUACAAAACAACCCGGUCGAGAGCCUGGCCGCAAGCUCCGGUCCCAGGAGGCCACUCGAUUCAAGAGCGACCUCUCCGCCUACUUUCCAGAUUAUGACGAGGUCAUUGGCAACGAGCCCAAAGAACAACAUUUGUUAAACAUGGAUACACCCAUCAUAAUCAUCGACUCCAGUACUCGACGCGUCCCCCAAGCUGGCCCCUCACAACCACAACCGGAAGUGUUUCCUGUGAGAGGCUAUGGUGAUGCACUAUACACCGAUGUUGUCGAUGCGCAACAAAUAGACUUUGGCUUUUUGGAAGCACAGUACAAAAAUAGAGCACUGGAGGACCCUCUCCCAGACACGACGUUUGAGCCAAUACACCGACGAGCCGAGAGGGUUGAGAGAUCAAUACGGAACACAGAAAAAGGGCGCGCUCAACACGAAAAAGAUCAGAUCAUCCGCUUGUUAGAAGGCCUGCAAGGCCACGACUGGCUUAGAGUCAUGGGUGUCAGUGGAAUCACCGAGACCAAGAAAAAGAUGUUUGAACCUGCGCGGGCUCAUUUCAUCAAAGGCUGUCAAGGUAUCCUCGAUAAGUUCAAAAACUGGAGCUUGGAAGAAAAGCGUCGAAAGUUGGAACGAGAACGGACACUGGCUGAACAAGCCCAAGAAGAACUGAGAGAAGCCGCGGCGAGUGAAGAGGUAGCAGACGAGGACAUGGACGAUGUCGAGGAGAGCACCGCGACCAACCAAAGUAGAAGUGAAGAUGGGGGCGGCGUCGAUGAAGAUGACGACACUACCAUGAACUCACAAGAUAACACCAGUGAAGCCUCCUCAUCGUCGCCGGCGAAGCAGUUACGGCAAGAAGCGAUGGCUCGCUCAAAGAUCACUGCAGCGAAGCGUCCCCGGUCUGAUUCGGCAGCCACAGCAACGAAGCAAUCAGAGACCCCCAAAGAAUUCAAAUCAUUUUUUAGCAAGAAGUAUGAGCGUGAUGGAGCGCUCAACAGACACCGUCGAGCUGGAAGAAACGUCAUGGCCUGGGGCCAUCCGAUACCGGACAUUCCCCAGAUGGACUUUAACUUGCCAGAAGACUAUCGUGAUGACGAGCUUCUGAAGGCUAGAGCCAGGAAAAGGAGACGAGAGAGGCGGUCCAAGCCGUGA